AUGGACCUGGAGAAGUUCCACCGAGAAGAUCAUGCUUUCUACAAGGUCAUAAUUGGCGAUUUCAACGCCAAAGUUGGCCCAAGAAGAACGCCGGAGGAACUUCACAUCGGGACCCACGGCCUACAAUGGAACGACCAGGGGGAGAGGCUCUCCGAGUUCAUCAUGACAACUAAGACCAUCCAUGAGAACUCGCAAUUCCAGAAGCUCUCCGCUCUACGCCGGACGUGGAGAGCAGAGAAAGCCGCCAAGUUCAGAGGAAGAAAUCCCAGAAGUAUCAUCACCUGGGAUCUCUUCGCUAUCUUAGCCGGCUUUUGGGAAGUUUCCGCAAUGGACAACAUCGACGAGGAAUAUGACCGGCUCGUUGAACACCUUCACGACUGCGCGAAGAAGGCUGAGGGUUCUAAAACCACCCAGAGACGCCCGUCUCUUGAAACUCUUGAGCUGAUACGCCAGCGUGGACCAGCACGAGCCGCAGGGAACCAAGCACUCACGUCCGUGCUCGCAAGGCUUUGCAGAGAGGCGAUAAAGGAAGACCUUAAAGAGAGAAGAGCAAAAGUACUGGGUGAAGCUGCAGAGGCGGGGAAAAGCAUCCGCUAUGCCCGUCGAGACUUCGCCAGUCGCAAGACAAGGAUGACUGCUCUCCGGAACCCGAAGGGAACAACCAUUGCAUCGAGAAGGGGGAUGGAGAAAGUCAUCCACGACUUCUACUCCGAUCUCUUCGACAGUCAUGUCCACUUGCCUCCUCACCAUCUGAGGGAAGACAGACAUGUCAUUCCAGAGGUUCUCCCAUCCGAAAUACGACAUGCUAUCAUGUCGGUAAGAAAUCGUACGGCACCCAGUCCCGACAGAAUAAGACCAGAACAACUGAGGAACCUUCCGCCAGUAUUCAUCAACACCCUGGCGAGGCUCUUUACACGUUACCUGUCGGAAUGCAAGGUUCCUAAACAGUGGAAGACCAGCAAGACCGUGUUGCUGUAUAAAAAGGGAGAUCCACAUGACGUCGGCAACUAUCGCCCAAUCUGCUUACUGCCCGUCAUCUAUAAGCUCUUUACAAGAGUGAUCCUUAAUAGGAUUGAAAAAGUCUUGGAUGAAGGACAGCCAUGCGAGCAAGCAGGGUUUCGAAAAGGAUUCAGCACGAUUGACCACAUUUACACUGUUUCGAAACUCAUCGAGGUAUCACGAGAGUACAAGAUGCGGCUCUGUCUCACCUUCAUCGACUUAAAGAAGGCCUUCGACUCAGUUGAGACGGAAGCGAUAGUGGAAGCCUUGGACAACCAAGGCGUCCCUACUCAGUACAUAAAGGUACUUCGAGAGUUGUACACCACCCUCGAGAACGCAAUGCGAAAUUUGGAAUGGGACGACAUGGGAGUGAAGGUUGAUGAUCGGCAGCUACAUCAUUUGCGCUUUGCUGAUGACAUCGUACUGAUAACACCUAGCACCAGCCAAGCGGAACGAAUGCUGACCGAAUUCGACGAAACAUGUGGAUGCAUCGGUCUUCAGCUGAAUCUACAAAAGACGAUGUUCAUGCGGAACGGAUGGGUCUCGGAUUCCCCAUUCAGGCUCAACGGAACGAACAUAUCCGAAUGCACCAGCUACGUUUAUCUAGUUCGGGAAUUGAACAUGAUGAACGACCUGACCCCUGAGCUGAGCAGGAGGAGACGAGCGGCCUGGGGAGCGUAUAAGAGCAUCGAGGAUGUAGUGAAGAAGACCACGAACACCCGGCUCCGUGCUCACCUCUUCAACACCACCGUACUUCCUGCUCUGACUUAUGCUUCGGAAACCUGGGCAUUUCGCAAGCAGGAAGAAAACGCGGUGAGCGUCAUUGGACGCGCAAUUGAGAGAGUGAUGCUAGGAGUAUCCCAUUUCAAGUGA